GUGCUGAAAAAAAGCGGGUGCAAAGAAAUCAACUGGUUUUUAUUUGUUCGUGAAAACGAUAUUGAAGACUGAGCCCGGCUUUUCGUAAAUCUGCGGUACAUGAUGCUCAACGCUCAGAGUUCAGGUUACCAGAUUAUUUGAAUCUGUAGCCUGCGUGAUCACUGAUUAUUGUUUGAUGCUAUUCUUAUAAAAUCUCACAUGUUGUGCUUUCUGGUUCACUGCAUCCUCCAAUGUUUCCCUAGUACGCAAGGUCAACUAAUCAAAUGGAUGACUUAAAGGCGCAGCUUGAUGCUGAACAUGAGAAAGUGGCCAAGUUAAAAGCUCUUGUAAUAAAAGAAAGAAAAGUUAACGCAGAAAUUAAAUCAAAACUGGAAUACUUUGAAUCGCUGCAUAGCAGCACUCCCCAAGAAAAUAGUAGAAUUGUUGAAAAACUCGAUAAAUGUUGUUUUACUUCUGAAUUUUCAAAUGAACCUACAUGUAGGAAUGAAACACCAACAUCGGAGUUGGACAAUAACGCUGUAUAUAAUAAAUAUAAAAUGGACGGUAUUACUGAUAAAACGACGAGUAAACUUAUCACUUCAAUUCCUGUGUGUAUAAUCUCAGCCUCCUCUUCUUUUGAGACGUCAUCCUCUAAGGAUUCAUUACAGAAUUCGGACAAACAUUUAUAUCCGACUUGUUUAGAAAAAACAACUGAAACACAAGUAGAUGAUUUAAAUUAUUUUACUAGAAAAGAUUCACUAUUAUUGUUACAACAAUUUAAUACUGCAUUACAAUCACUUAAAUUUGAUAAUAAAGAUAAUCUAUCAAAAGAUGAAUUAAAAUUAGUAUUCACUGAAUGUAAUAGAUUGUUAGAAGAGAUUGAUCUUUAUUCCAAUGAUAGUUAUCAUAAUAUACCUUGUAAUUAUUCUUCAACGAAACGAGAAAUUAUACAAUUAGACAAUUAUUGUCAAACUCUAUCAACAGAUUUAAAUCAAUAUAAUAAUUACUCAUUACAAAAUUCUUCUAUAAAACAACAAGAUGAACAAGAUUUGCACCAUAAUGAAUUAAAACAUGUUUAUACAGAUCUAAUGUGUAAUGAUGAAUUACAUAUUUUAGAAGAAAGAGUAAAUGAAUUAAAACAUAGUGUUGAAUAUGCUGAAUCUUCAUUUAAUCAACUUUCAGAUAAACUUACUUCAGUUACUCAUAUCAAUGAAUUAUAUGAUGCUAAAUUAUUACAACUACAAGAAACAUGUGAUGAUAACUCAUCAAAUAUGAUACAAUCAUCUAUUAAAUUGAAAACUCUAUUCUAUGAUUCGUUUUUAUUACCAUUAAUUCAAUACUAUCAAGAAGUAAAUAGUGAUAUACAAUAUGAUUUAAAUAUGGAUUACUUCAUUUGUAAUAAUUUUCAAAAUGAUGCUGUCAGUACUACAGUUGCAAAGAAUUUAAACAAUUUCCUUAAUGAAUUAAAAAAGAUUAUAAAACAUUAUUAUUAUUAUACAUUCAAUGAUAAGUGUACGAGAUUGUCCGAUGCUUGCAUUCUAACGGAUUAUAAUGAAUUGAAUAUUGAACAGGAAAGGCUAUUGCUGGAUAAAUUGAAAAGUACCAAAUCUGAAUUAAUGAAUGCAAAUGAAAAGAUUCUAAUCUCUGAAAAUCUGAUUACAGAAUUAAAAAGUCAACUUCAGAUUUCUGAAGAAAAAUCACAUCGUAUGAAAAAUCUCUUAGUUAAAUUUAAAUUAGAUUCAGCUGAACAACAAAAGAAACUUUUGGAAUUUCAAAGAACUGAGUGUAUCGAUGUUGAGAAGAAAGAAUUAAAUUGUCUUACUGAAAAAUUAUCUCAUACUGAAAGAGAAAAGGAAGAUUUAGAGUGUAGUUUGACAAAAUUGCGUAGUGAAUUAACUCAACAACAUGUUUUAUCGGAAAAUCUACAAAAUGAGAAACGUUUAGCAUUGGAUCGACUUCAAAAGUUACAAAGUGAAUAUACUGCAUACAAAGUUAAGGCUCAACAUGCUUUGAGUAACGCUCGCACUCUAGCCAAUGAUGUAAACACAAAUACCAGUGAUAAUCAGAACUUGGAAAGAGUAAAUCCUGACCAUGUCGAUAGUGAAAAUACAUCAUUUUACUAUUCAAAUGAAUUAGAAUCUGUAAAACAAAAUCUUCUUGACGUGCAAAAUCGUAUGAAAGAAACUGAAUUGCACGCGUCUUUAGCGCGAUCCGAAUGCGAUAUGUUAAAGAAAGAAUUGAUCGAAGUUAAAACAAGUCAACUUUUAUCGCACGGUUUGGGCAUAAAUCCUGCUGUUACUAAAAAUUUGAGCGAACCAUCUCAAUUCAUUCCACCAUCACCUAAUUUCGCUGUUUGGCCUGAAAAUAAUCCUCCAACAUACUCAUCCAUUGCAACAGCACAAUCAAAUCCAAACGUUAUUUCUUCGAAUCAAUUGUUCGGAUCGUUUGCUUUCACUAAUAACUGUAACCCUGCUAAUCCAUGCAUGAACACUGCUCAAUCAUGGAAUAUGAAUCAACCAGUACCAAAUCAAACUUUUGGGAAUUUUGUUUCUCAUUCAACAACCAACAACAUGGCACCUAACAAUGAAAUGUAUUUAUCUCAGGUUAAAAGCCAAUUGACUUCAUUAUAUCUUGGCAAAAGUCCAUUGAAUUCAUAA